CAACACAUCGGAAACUGCAAAUAAAUACAAAACUGGCAGUUUCUGUCGAGUGUUAGAAGUUUAAACAGUUAUCAAUAUGGGAGUUGACUACUACAAUAUACUGGGGCUGACACGCAGUGCGGCUAGUGGAGACAUUAAAAAAAACUAUCGAAAACUUGCCUUGAAAUUUCACCCAGAGAAAAACCCUAAUGACCAAGCAGCAUAUGACAAGUUCAAGCAGCUGGCAGAAGCAUAUGAUGUGCUUAGUGACUUGAGGAAAAGAGCUGUGUAUGAUCAGUUUGGAGAAGAAGGGUUAAAAAAUGGAGUGCCAGAAGGCAGUGGGGAAACAGGUGCCUGGACCAAGGGUUACACAUUUCAUGGCAACCCUGACAAAGUCUUCCGAGAUUUCUUUGGUGGAGAUAACCCAUUCCAAGAAUUCUAUGACCGCGUGGACGGCGACCUGAGUAUGGGGUUUGGAGGGCUGGCAGGCAGAGGCAGGAAGAAGCAGGAUCCACCCAUAGAGAGAGAUCUGGCUCUCUCACUGGAAGAAGUUUAUCAUGGCUGUACCAAAAAGAUGAAAAUUUCACGCAGGGUCAUGAAUGAUGAUGGUCAUACAUCGAGUAUCAGGGACAAAAUUUUAACAAUAACUGUGAAGAAAGGGUGGAAGCCUGGAACAAAAAUAACAUUCCCACAAGAGGGAGAUCAGGGGCCAAAUAACGUACCAGCUGAUAUUGUGUUUAUUGUGAAAGACAAAUUACACCCGAACUUCCGGAGAGAGGGUGUCAAUUUGAUCUACACAGCCGAUGUUCCCCUGGGCAAGGCUUUGACUGGCUGUACGGUGGACGUUCACACCUUGGAUGACAGGACGCUUCAUAUCCCUAUUAAUGAUAUUGUCAAGCCAGGUUAUGUUAAGGUUGUUCCUGGUGAAGGCAUGCCUAUAUCAACAAACCCAACAGAAAAAGGAGACUUGAUCAUUGAGUUCAACAUCAUGUUUCCAACUACAUUAUCACCAGAGAGGAAAGAAGUUGUUCGCAGUGCUCUUUUGUUGUAAACCAGUUAGGCUUGUAAACUGGAAGUGCACAGGGCCAUUCAGUUUUGAAGAGACCAUAAAUGUUCCACAUCAUGACUGAAGUAAAAUUUUUAUUCUGUCAUCUGUAAAUCAACACUUUUAGAAGAAUGCUGUUAAAAUCUUUACCAACUUUUUAAAAAAUGUUAAUGCAAAUCUUUAAAAUUUUACAUCAUCGCUUUGGAAGUGAUUCUUAUACAAUUGGAGAAUUGUUCCAUACUGUUUCAUAUUUAUGUUUGUAAAUAAAUACAAUAUUAAAGU